CGCUUAGUGCACGAAGACGGUGCUUCCUGCGCAGCAGGGUUGCGCAUCGCUCCACCCACUGGGUGGCAGUGACCAAUAGUAUGAGGGGUCUCGUGCCCGGCUGCUACGUCACUCCAGGGCCCGGGGAGUUUGGGCCUGGGCCGUGAACCUGUAGUUAGUUUCCUGGCCUCUGGAGUCUCGUCCUCCAUCGGUGACUUCAGAGAAUCUUUCAAGAGUUGGCUGGAAGCUACGGCCCUUAUUAGAGGGCCGUGCCUCGUCACUGAGACCCAGGGAGCCACGCAGCGUCCUCUCCAGCCCUGGCAGGUUUCAGGCGACCUUGAGCGGCCUGUGUUCCUGCCUGCAGGAACUUUGUGGGAAUUUUGGUAUAUGGAAAAUUGUUCUGUUCCAGCUGGUGUGAUCCAGAGGUCUUAGCAUCGUACCAGGACCAAAAUACUGUGUCAGCCAGCUGAGGACCCCCAGAAUCCCAUGGGUUUCUAAUUCCAUUUGUUCAGGAGCGCCAUGGCCCAUGUUGUCUUGAUUCCUGGGUUGACUCGUAGCACUGUGGGAGCCAUCUGCACGCAGGCUGCUUCAUGGAGAUUGACAGCCAGCACUUGGCGGCACCUUACUCUAACCAGCAUGAUGAAAUCCAGAAGGAAAGCUGAUCACUUGGAGAGAACUGCAAGUGUCCUCCGACGGGAGGUCAUGGCUACAGCUAAGGUGUGUGAAAUUGCCCAGGAGUCUCCAUCAGUGAAGAGCCUCCGUUUGCAUGUCGCUGAUAAAGACUUCUCUUUUAAGGCUGGCCAGUGGGUUGAUUUCUUUAUCCCAGGAGUCUCCGUCGUUGGUGGGUUUUCAAUUUGCUCUAGUCCCCAACUGCUAGAACGAGAGAGAAUAAUAGAGUUGGCAGUGAAAUACACAGACCACCCUCCUGCUAUCUGGGUUCACAAGAAGUGCACACUUGACUCUGAAGUGGCGCUCAGAGUGGGUGGAGAGUUCUUCUUUGACCCUCAGCCCACAGAUGCCCCUCGAAACCUCGUGUUGAUUGCUGGAGGGGUUGGGAUUAACCCCCUGCUUUCCAUCCUGCGCCACUCAGCAGAUCUCCAUCGAGACCAAGCAGACAGAGGAAGAGGCUAUGAUAUAGGAGCAAUAAAGCUGUUCUAUAGUGCCAAGAACACCAGUGAACUCCUGUUUAAGAAAAAUAUCCUCGAUUUAGUAAAUGAAUUUCCCGAGAAGAUUACAUGCAGUUUGCAUGUUACAAAACAGACGACACAAAUCAGUGCAGAACUUAAACCAUUCAUCACAGAAGGAAGAAUAACGGAGAAGGAGAUACGACACCACAUUUCAGCAGAGACUCUGUUCUAUAUCUGCGGCCCGCCUCCAAUGACGGACUUUUUCUCUAAGCAACUGGAGAGCAGCCAUGUUCCCAAGGAACACAUUUGCUUUGAGAAGUGGUGGUAGGGAGCCGGCCCAGACCUGAGAGCCACUCAGGAGAGUGAGACUGUUUAAGGUUUGUGGAUUUGCCUCCGCCUGAGCUAUCUUUUUUAAAGCUGUGAACUAAGUGUCCAACCCAAGACUAAAAGAAAAACCAGCAACAGAUUUACACAAUAAACAUGCUGUCAGCUCGUGA